AUGCUCUUUAUGAAACACCGUCCUCCCGCUCUACUCAACAUGCGCUUCAAUCCAGCUUUAUGACCGCGUUGGACAUACCCAGCAUUCUGCAAGUAAAUGGCAUCAACGAUCAAUGGCCCUCCACCCGGGGUUCCCAAACGAAAACCUCUUCCUGAAGCUGCCGCCCCGCCAAUUCCAGAAUCCAACAGCGACCUUGAAAAGACAACCGAGCCAGUCCCUGUACCGCCUGCGACCGACAGAACGCCAACACAAAAGCACAAACUCACGCCAUGGCGACAGCUACAGCUAAGGUGGAAUCAAUUCUCACUUAAGAAACAGCGGAUCAUCAUCGGUGCUUUAAUCGCGACACUCGCGCUUCUCGCCCUUAUCAUCGGUCUCGCUGUGGGGUUGACGAAACGUCAUGGAAAGGGACUGAUUUCACCUCUACAAACAGCUCGAACCUCCCUCUCCCCACCUCGAACGGCGGGCCCUACACCGGCGAUCUAACAUACUACGACCCUGGUCUUGGAUCAUGCGGAAUAUCUAGCAAAUCCUCCGAGAAUAUCUGUGCUGUGUCACACGUUGUCUUUGACGCCGCCUCGACUUCUGGAAAUCCGAACGAGAACCCACUUUGCGGGUUGAAGUUGCGUAUACGUAGGGGCGAUAAAAGUGUGGACGUCAAGGUUGUGGAUCGCUGCCCAGGUUGCAGCGUCGAUGACUUGG